GUAGCCAGGCGUAACACAAAAUCAAAGUAGCAACUCUGUGUACUCCGUGUGUCUUCUCCACUCUCUCUCAACACAAAGAAUCUUUCUUCCCCGUUGUUUUCUGCUCUUUGUUCUUCCUUUAAAACGCACACGCCCAGUCGAUCUUUUCACUCCUUUUAAGCUCACCUUAUAGCAUACUAGGUUCACUUUCUCUAAAGCCAACCAUUGUUCCAACACUCUAUUUAUUCUUCCUCUUUACUCCCCCUUUUGUCAGAUUUUCACCACCAACCUCAGCUUCUCCUCCACGGUUCUCUCUUUAUUCCUCUCUCUCUCAGCUCAUCUCUCUCAACUCAUCUCUCUCUCUCUCGUUUUGAUGCCUAUUUAGGCCCAAAGAUACUUGUAACUCAAAAACACAAAUGGAUCAUCACAGCAUGUUAUGUCCUAUUAAGUUCACCGAGCAUCGCAACAUCACGAAGAAACUGACCAACCCGCUGAUCAAGAAAGCAAAAAAGUUCACCGAGAAAAGAAUCGUGAGAAUAUCGGUGACCGACCCCGACGCCACCGACUCGUCUAGCGACGAGGAAGACGAGCUGUUCGGACGGCAGCGGAUUAAGCGCUACAUUAACGAGAUUAGCAUCGAAGCCGGCUGCAAAAAUAACGUUGUUUCAUUACCUAAUGCGAAUGCCAAGAAGAAAAAGAAAGAUAUGAGGGUGAACUCCAAGGCCAAGCCGAUGAAACCGGCUCAAGCCGCGCCGCCGGCUAAUGGGAAUGUGAGGAAGUUUAGAGGGGUCAGACAAAGGCCGUGGGGCAAAUGGGCGGCUGAGAUUAGGGACCCGGCUCGGCGCGUUCGGCUUUGGCUCGGUACUUAUGAUACUGCUGAGGAAGCUGCUAUGGUUUAUGAUAAUGCGGCUAUUAAGCUGCGUGGACCGGAUGCUUUGACUAAUUUUGUCACUCCGGCUCUGAAGGAAAAGCCGGAGGUUAAUAUCGGUUCGGUUUCGGGUUACGAAUCGGGCGAGGAGUCGAAUAAUAAUCUGUGCUCUCCUACUUCUGUUUUGCGGUUCAGAAGUCAAUCUAAUGAAGAAGCCGAAGAAUGCCACUCCGCCAACGAGCCAACAUCCCAUGAACCGGCUGAUCUGAUGGAUCCAAUCUUUGAACCGGUCGAACCGGUCUAUGAAUCCGCCGAACCGUUUUAUCAUGAACCGGUCUGCCACGAACCGGUUCACCCAUUCGUCCAAGAAUGUGAAGACGAGACAUUCAUAAACAGCAUGUUCGACUUUCAGUCGCCGGCGCCGUUGAGUUUCGACGACGACCUCACAUUUUCCGACGGGUUCAGCAACAUUCCGUUUGACGACAACUCUAUUUUCGGGAAUGACUGGUUAAAUAACGGCGAGGAAAUGUCAAGUCAAUGGGUCAACGAUAUCGGGUCACCAGCUUUAUUCCAAGUUGACGAUUAUUUUCAAGAUAUUAACGGCGAUUUUUUCGCCACCGAUGUUCUAAUGGCGAGUUAAUUUUACAGUGAUUUCAUAUAAUGGCGGUAUGUUUUGUCACCGGAUUGUCGAUUAUGAAUCAGACAAAUUUUGUACCGGUGACAUUCAACUUCCGGUCAAGUUAAAAAUAUCGGAGUUAUAUAUAGUAAUAGUAGUAAUAUAAAUGUGUUAUAUUUUCGCUGUAGUACGGCCUCACUUAUAAAUUUAAGUGGGGUGGGGUUUGUUUGCUCGAGUUUUGAUAGGAUUUCACGUUAUACAUGUUUUUUGAAUAAUAAGAAAAAGUUACUGAGUUC